GUGUAAUCGGUCGCCAGAUUAUGGUGCGACGGGACUGGAGUGAGGUGGCAACUGGCAGAAGCAGACCCUGGUACAAAAAGAGGUGACUCUCUUUAGCUGUGUCAUAAUUUGUUUAACAACAGGUCCUGUACUCCGAAGAAGUGCUCCUUCAAUUGACAAGGUCCUGUUCGUCUCAGUGCUGCCAUGUCGGCAAAAGCCAUCUCCGAGCAGACAGGAAAAGAGUUCUUGUAUAAGUACAUCUGCACCUCAGCGGCCGUUCAGAAUCGCUUCCGCUAUGCCAGUGUCUCAGCUGAGACCGACUGGGACUGCCUCACACAGGAGCAUCCGUGGCUGCUAACAGAGCCUCUGGUGGUAAAGCCAGAUCAGCUUAUAAAGAGGCGCGGGAAGCUCGGGCUGGUUGGCAUCAACCUGAAUCUACAGGGUGUCAAAGAGUGGCUCAAAGCCCGCCUCAUGAAGGAGACCACUGUGGGGAAGGCAAAGGGUGUGCUGAAGAACUUCCUCAUUGAGCCUUUUGUUCCUCAUACCCAGGAGGAGGAGUUUUAUGUGUGCAUUUAUGCCACCCGUGAGGGCGACCAUGUGCUCUUCCACCAUGAGGGAGGAGUGGAGGUGGGUGACGUGGACGCCAAAGCCCAGAGGCUUUUGGUGGCAGUGGAUGAGAAGCUGAGCGAGGACCAAGUCAAAGAGCAGCUCCUCACACAUGUUCCUGAUGAGAAGAAAGAAGUCCUGGCAAAUUUUAUAGUGGGGCUCUUCAACUUAUAUGAGGACCUUUACUUCACCUAUCUUGAGAUCAACCCUCUAGUUGUAACCAAGGAUGGAGUGUACGUCCUUGAUAUGGCAGCAAAAAUUGAUGCUACGGCAGAUUACAUCUGCAAGGCUAAAUGGGGAGAAGUGACAUUUCCACCACCCUUUGGCAGAGAAGCAUAUCCAGAGGAGGCAUACAUAGCUGACCUGGAUGCAAAGAGUGGUGCCAGUCUGAAGCUGACUCUGCUGAACCCUCGUGGAAGGAUCUGGACCAUGGUGGCUGGAGGAGGGGCUUCAGUGGUCUACAGUGACACCAUCUGUGACCUUGGCGGCGUGGAUGAGCUGGCUAACUAUGGCGAGUACUCUGGUGCACCCAGUGAACAGCAGACCUACGACUACGCUAAAACCAUCCUCUCUCUCAUGACACGGGAGAAACAUUCUCAAGGGAAAGUGCUGAUCAUUGGAGGAAGUAUUGCCAACUUCACUAAUGUAGCAGCAACAUUCAAGGGCAUUGUCAGGGCCAUCAAAGACUACCAAGGACCCCUGAAGGAGCAUGAGGUCACCAUCUUUGUUCGCCGUGGAGGGCCUAAUUACCAGGAGGGGCUGAGGGUCAUGGGGGAAGUAGGGAAGACCACUGGUAUCCCUAUCCAUGUGUUUGGAACUGAGACCCAUAUGACGGCUAUUGUUGGAAUGGCUCUGGGCCACCGUCCAAUCCCUAACCAGCCCCCAAUGGACGCUCACACAGCCAACUUCCUCCUCAAUGCCAGCAACAGUGCAGCGACUCCAGCUGCAACUAGGACAGCUUCAUUCUCUGAACCUAGGACGUCCAAUGAUUCGACUCCAGCCAAGAAGUCCAAAGGAGGUCUUCCUGCAGACUCUCUCCAUUCUAUACUGUGGCCUCUGAAGAAUGUGGUCACAGCUGAUUGGAAAGAAGCGCAAGCCUCUUCAGGCUGCAGCGGAGCUAAAGCCACCACGCUCUUCAGAAAACACACCAAGGCCAUGGUUUGGGGCAUGCAGACACGCGCCGUGCAAGGCAUGCUGGACUUUGACUACGUUUGCUCCCGAGAUGAACCGUCUGUGGCAGCCAUGGUCUACCCCUUCACUGGGGAUCAUAAGCAGAAGUUCUACUGGGGCCACAAAGAGAUCCUGGUGCCUGUCUAUAAGAACAUGGCCGACGCCACGAAGAAGCACCCAGAGGUGGACGUCAUGAUCAGCUUUGCUUCACUGCGCUCAGCCUUUGACAGCACAAUGGAGGCCAUGCAGUACCCACAGAUCGGCACUAUCGCCAUCAUAGCAGAGGGCAUCCCUGAAGCUCAGACGAGGAAGCUGAUCAAGACGGCUGACAAGAAAGGUGUCACUAUCAUCGGCCCUGCUACGGUCGGUGGCAUCAAGCCGGGCUGUUUUAAGAUUGGUAACACAGGCGGCAUGCUGGACAACAUCCUGGCUUCCAAACUGUAUCGUCCUGGCAGCGUGGCGUAUGUGUCGCGCUCUGGAGGCAUGUCCAAUGAGCUGAAUAACAUCAUCUCUCGCACCACAGACGGUGUGUAUGAAGGGGUGGCCAUAGGAGGAGACAGAUAUCCAGGCUCUACCUUCAUGGACCAUGUCCUGCGUUACCAGGACACUCCAGGGAUUCAGAUGAUAGUGGUGCUGGGAGAGAUUGGAGGCACAGAGGAGUACAAAAUCUGCCAAGGCAUCAGGGAGGGCAGGAUAACCAAGCCUGUGGUAUGCUGGUGUAUUGGAACCUGCGCCACUAUGUUCACUUCAGAGGUUCAGUUUGGUCAUGCAGGCGCCUGUGCCAACCAGGCUUCAGAAACGGCAGUAGCCAAGAACCAGGCCCUGAGGGAUGCUGGAGCUUACGUACCAAAGAGCUUUGAUGAGCUGGGAGAUGUCAUCAAGACCGUUUAUGAUGAACUGGUGGCCAAUGGUACCAUCAUCCCAGCCCAGGAGGUGCCUCCCCCCACGGUACCUAUGGACUACUCUUGGGCCAGGGAGUUGGGCCUGAUCCGUAAGCCAGCCUCCUUCAUGACCAGCAUCUGUGACGAGCGGGGCCAGGAGCUCAUCUAUGCAGGCAUGCCCAUCACUGAGGUGUUCAAAGAGGAGAUGGGUUUAGGGGGAGUGCUGGGCUUGCUGUGGUUCCAACGCAGGUUGCCGCGCUACGCCUGCCAGUUCAUUGAGAUGUGUCUGAUGGUGACAGCUGACCACGGGCCUGCUGUCUCUGGAGCUCACAACACCAUCGUCUGUGCUCGAGCGGGCAAGGACCUCAUCUCCAGCCUUACCUCUGGCCUGCUCACAAUCGGGGAUCGUUUUGGAGGUGCUCUGGAUGCAGCUGCUAAACAGUUCAGCAAGGCAUUUGACAGCGGCAUGGUGCCCAUGGAGUUUGUCAACAAAAUGAAGAAGGACGGCAAGCUUAUAAUGGGCAUCGGACACAGGGUCAAAUCAAUAAACAAUCCAGACAUGAGGGUGCAGAUUCUGAAGGACUUCGUGAAGCAACAUUUCCCCUCCACCCAGCUUCUCGACUACGCCCUAGAUGUAGAGAAGAUCACCACCUCCAAGAAACCAAACCUUAUCCUUAACGUAGACGGUUUUAUUGGUGUUGCUUUUGUGGACCUUCUGAGGACGUGUGGUGGCUUCACAAGAGAUGAGGCGGACGAGUUUGUGGAGAUCGGAGCACUAAAUGGGAUCUUUGUCCUCGGUCGCAGCAUGGGCUUCAUUGGACAUUACCUGGACCAGAAGAGGCUGAAACAGGGUUUGUACCGCCAUCCAUGGGACGACAUCUCCUACGUGCUGCCCGAACACAUGUCCAUGUAAUCCCCACAUCACAGAGCGAACCAGACUUCAAGUGUAUGACAGCGCACAUUGGUCAGGCAGCAUAAACACAUCUCACUAAACUUAUAAACAGUAUGAACUCUAUGGUAACAACAACAGCUGUCUUGGGAAGAAUUGGGAAAGGUGUUUCUGGGAAGUGGAAGUACUGUCUGUCUGAGGGAUCUGGGAAAGAAGUUUUUGAUGUAGUUUUUACGGAUUAAAGGGGAAGUAUAUAUUCAGAUAUGGCUUUGACGAAUUAUUUAAAGCCUGAUUUGUAACUUAUUCAGUUUUUAAUGAAGAACCAAACCAAUUCAAAACUACAGCCACUACAGAAGCACAAAGUCAAUCGCUACUUAGACAAGAAAAAUAGCACAAACAACCUGUCAAAGGUGGUUGGUACGACAACAGGAGUUAAUAGCUCCUGUGUUUGAGCUUGAAUCGUUUCAAAGCUGCUGAAGUAAAAUGUGUUUAAGCUCAGCAAUACAGUAGCCUCUUUUUUUUUAAUACAAUUUACAAAAAUUGGGAGAAAAAGGAGAUUUAUAUUCAUCAGCAUUUGCCCGUUUUACGCCACAAGAAAGCAUCCCAAAGAAGGCUUACAGGCUCUCAGCGUAUUGCACCUUAGUUAAAACACUAGAUCAGAUAUUUGUUUUAAUUUGUGUGUUUAUACUCCCACUAAGAAAGAUCCUUGUCACCAUAUAAUUAACCAAAGUUAUUUCUAGGUUUUUGUUGUCUUUUGUUUGACGGGAAAAAAUAUGGGGUCCAGUGGUUGUAUUACAGAGCUUAUCUAUUUCUUUAUACCUUGGAAAAGGGGGAACUAAAAAUGGAAAGAUUGGAAUUCAUUGGACACACGGUUAUUUAAGUGUUCUUCCACAAUUGCCUUUCCUAGAUCUAGUGGUUUAAAGUCAUCCACUACUUUACUUUAGCUGUAGUUUGGAUGUGUUCCAAGUAUUUUCACACAAAUUAAGAAUGGAAUUAUGUAUUGCUUUUCUAAAAAAACGGUCACAGAAAACAGGAAACUGUCGAAGCAUCAGAACGGGAGGAACAAAGUGCUUCAUGAAUGAGCCCAGUCAGCUUUUGAAAGCAUCCUUUUGGUGACGGGCCAUGAAGGCAGUUUGCUUAACUUAGGGAAAUAAUGGUACAUGAAUCAGAUUUCGACUGUAAGACAUAUGAAGACUCAAAAACACUUGUUACCUGCUCACUGUAUGGCCUGCUUUUCUCAUCUUUUUUUCUGUUUUUAUUUAACUGUGAAAAAAUGCUUUUGUCUUUUAUAAUAUGCUGUCAUAAUUUAGAAUAAUAAUAAAGAAUUUAUUGUUUACUUCUCA